AUGACCCCGGCCCUCACACAUUUCCUCGCAGCCUCGCUGGCGGCGAUGCGGCGCCCGCCCUCGAUAGGUCUCCACCCUCUUUCUCCGGCUGCGAAGUCUCUUGCGACGGGCGGCGCCCGAGCGGGCCGGUCUGAUCCGGGCAACAUCGCGGCUCUUGUUGGCCUCGUUUGCGGUCACGCGGCUGCUCAACUUCCCGCUCUGCACGGCGCUCAUCUGGGCCAGGCCCGCGGCCGGUGCUCUGCCCUGUCGGAGCAGCCCCCGUCAGGCGCUGAGCGCAGCUCCUGCCCCGCCAGACGCGACGUGCUGCGGCCCGCCAUCUUGAAGCUGCACCUCGCCUUCGCCGCCGCCGGAAUCACGCUCAACGCAGGCUGGUUCGUCGCGCUGCUCCGCAGCGCCAGCAGAGAGGCGGGCAGCGGCCGCCGCCGCGUCGCCCCUGCCUCGGAGGGCUAG